CACUGCUUCGCGACCGCCGCUAUGGAGGCUGGUCGCACGGCUAUACUCCGCGUGAAGCGGAAGCGCAGCGAGGAGCCUGCCGAGGCCCUGGUCCUCGCCUGUAAACGCCUCCGGAAAGAUGUGGUGGAGUUGGCGGUCCAAAAGACGCCCCCCGAGGGUCUGGAGAAAGCAGCAGAGAAAAAUGUCUUCCAGUUGGUGGCUACCGUGUGCUCCCAGGAGGACCCGGUCCAGCCGCUCCUGCGCGCUCUGCCCCCACCCUGGGGCACCCAUCAGCGUAUCCGCCACGACCUCCGCGCGUCGACUCGGAAGAUCCAGCAGGAGGGCCGCUACAGGGUAGUCUCUAGCCGCCGACCCUCGGGCCUUCUCUUGGAUGACCUGGAGUCCGAGGACGCGCGGGAAAACGCAGAAGCCGGCGGUGACGCAGGCUUCCAGCUGUUGGAUCUGGUCCACGAAGAAGGAGACCCUGAGGCCGCUGCUACUCCCGCCGCCGCCGCCGCCGCCGCUGCCACCGCAUCCCUCGCCGCCACCACCUCCUGCAAAGUAUCUGACCCAGAUGUGAUCCUUUGCAAUUCUGUAGAGUUGAUCCGCGAGCGGCUGACUAUAUCUGAGGAUGGACCAAGUGUCGGGCCCCGGGAGGAACAGAAGGAUGACUAUGUGUAUGACAUUUACUACUUGGAGACGGCCACUCCAGGAUGGAUUGAGAAUAUCCUCUCUGUGCAGCCCUUAAGCCAGGAGUGGGAGCUGGCUCUGAUGAAUGCACCGGCCUCAGUGAAGAGGAAAGAGGCAAUAGCAGGCCACAGGUGUGGAGCAAAUACCCUUUGGAUGUGCAGAAGGAGUUUGGCUAUGACAGCACUCAUGACCUGGACUCGGACUGAGGAUCUAUCACAGGCCCUUGGGGGCUUUGACUGCCUUAUCAGCCACCCUGGUAGUGGGUUUCCUGGCAUAACACACGGAAGGAGAAAGCAUGUCCAACAGCACCAUCAUAGCAGUGAAAACGUGUGCUGAAGGAGUAUCUCUUUUCCAUUAAUAGUAGGAUGCUUUGCCUCAUUCAAGUGACCCUACAAUCUAGGGGACAAAAAACAAACAAAAAAACAUAAAAUGAAGCUUCCUGGCCUAGGCAUUUUCCUGCUCUUCUUCUACGCUAAAGCCAGUAAGUGGAAGAGAGGCUGUUUCAUGAGAACUUAGGUUCAACUUUCCCACGCCACCAGGCACCCGCCCCCAGUAAAAGCCUGAGUCUUUUUGACGGGAAAAUGUAGAAGGGCUACAGUGGGUCUCUUGUAGGAACACACACUGAGUAGUAAUGGCCAGUAGAGGAAGAAUCUGCCUGAGCUGUGAGGGGUUUGGUUGACAGUUGUCUCUACCUCCCUGCUUCCUAUGAUGACUGUAAAGAUUGCUCUUUCGUUAGCAGUGGUACCAAGGAGCAGGGUAUGUAUGAAUGUGAUACUCUGCAUUUAGUAAAAACACUAACUAUGGGAGCAAGUAAGUAAUUCCUUUAAAACCUUUUCAAUCUGAAUAUGUUUUCCAUUGUGCUCCCUCUCCCCUUCCUGCCCCCCACCAAAAAUGGGGGAGUAGUGAAAUAAAAGUUUCGGGAUUGACCUGAGACACAAAGGACUUAAAGCAAAUUAGGAAAAGGAAAACACAUCCUGAACUUAGCUUUCCACUAAGAAAUGUUUAACUAUUUACAGCACUCACCAAAAACUACCAAUAGGACAAAAUUUCUUCCCCAGAAUUUACAUUUCUGCCCCAACCCCUUCCAAAGCACAGAUGCCUUAACUCAGACUGAGUUGGCAUUUAGUCUUUAAUGUAGCAUUCAUUGUCAGUAGAACUUUUGCAAAGACGAAUGUGUCCUAUAUGUGCCCUGUGCAGUGGUAGCCACUAGCCACAUGCGGCUGAGCACUUUUAAUGUGAUUAGUGUGAGGAAUUUUUCAACUUUAUUUUAUUUUAAGUAGCUACAUGUGGCUAGUAGCUACUGUACUGGACAGCGCAGGUAUAGGGCAAUCAAUACCCAGAACCUUCUAUUCAAGACAUGCCCUCUUGCCCCAUGGCUCACACUCACUAUCACAGGGAAAGGUGAAUUACACAGGGAUGUGUCUUCCCACAUCUUUUAAAGACUUCAUAAGCAUCUACUUUCCCAUCCUGCCUAAACCCAUUUAUCUACAUCAGUUCCUAUGGACGCAGAGUUGUUAAAUCUGACAAAAUGAUUAAAUUGUAUGUGUAUGUGUG